ACCACCGUGAACACCAUGUCCGAGAUCGUCGUCCGCCAUCUGAAGACCGCGACUGACGAGGAAAUUGAGUGCAUCGUUGCGGUCAACGUCGCUGCGUUCGCCGAUGACACCUUCAACCACGUCCUCGUCGGCGGAAAUACCUCCCUCCUCCCCCUCCUCAUGCGCGCGCAGAUUAAGGCAGGCCUCAUCGGUGGCGAGGUCUACGUCGCCGGCUUUGGUCCUGACGAUAUCUCGGCGGCGGCGGUAUGGUUUGGGCCCGACCAGGAGCUGCUAGACAGCCCUGAGCAGGGAGCGGCUGGCUUCAAUGAGUUCAUGGGCUCCAUCACCGAAGGCACUCGGAACUGGUGGACGUCGAAGUUCUUCCCCUUCUACGGCGCCACCACCACGGAGGCCUUUGGCGAGGGCUUCAAGAAGGCGAACUGGCACCUGCAGCUGCUCGCUACGGAGCCUCGUGCGCAGCGCAAGGGGCUGGCAACAGCGUUGAUCAAGGCAGUGGAUCAGGUGGCAGAGGAGAAGGGCAAAUCGCUCACUGUCGAGACGGAAACCGAGGGCGCAUUGAAGUUCUACAAGGACACCGGCUUUGUUCUUAAGGCUGAGAAGCCCGUGCCUCUUGACGGCGCAGAGGGCGUCGAGGACCAGCCGAUUCCAAUGUACGUGCUGUGGAAGGAGCACACGGCGUAAAGUAAAUUGCUGGUGGUGUACAGUAGUGUAGGA